AUGGAUGAAGAAGAAGAAUAUGUAGAAAAUACCUGGAAUUAUAUUAUUUUAUGCGGUGAACCAACACUGUACGAAGGCCUUCGAUUCGCUAGAGACAUAAUUAUUGCUAAUCUUGCCUUACGUUUUAUUAUACAGUUUAUUCCUUUGCCACAUUUUGUUCGUCAUUGUUUAUCCCUUCUUAUUGGAAGUUUUUUGUUGUAUUACAAUGUUGGUAUAGCAUUUAUAUGGACAAUUGGGCUUACUAGUGGUGCUUAUAUUUUGAUAAUUUUAAUAUCAUUUAUAACAAAUAAUUAUAGAGGGUUUAUUGUUACUACUUUUGUGAUAACAUUUCUAUUGUUAUGCGAAGUUUAUGUUAUAAAUCCAAAAAUGUGGCAGCAAAUAAGAGGAAUCCAAAUGGUUGCAGCAAUGAAAAUUAUAUCUGUAGCUAUUGAUUUAGAUAGAGGUUUAUUUAAACAUACUUUAAAUCCUGUUGAGUUUGGAGGAUAUUUAAUGUGUCCAGCUAAUAAUAUAUUGGGACCAUGGAUACCAUUUCACAUGUAUACCUCUUAUCUAAAUGUAAAAUUUUUGUGUCGCAGAUGGAUUAUGCUUAUAGUUUAUAAUCUGUUUUUAUCAAUGCUCUUUUUGAUUUUAUCAAAUUGCAUCAUUCCUUGGUAUAUAGAUGAUGAAACAAGCAAAUGGUUAGUUGCAUAUAGAGAUGCUCAAGCAUUUAGAAUGUCACAUUAUUUUGUGUCUAGUAUGUCUAUUGUUUCUAUGUUAAGUGCUGGGUUUGCCAUAACUAAUGAUUGCCACUCUGAUAUUCAAGUCACAAAGCCUGUCUUAAUUGAAUUGCCUAGAUCAUUAGUUCAAGUUGUGAUUUUCUGGAACAUACCUAUGCAUCAAUGGUUGAAGAAUUACAUAUUCAAAACAUGUCAACCGUAUGGUCAAUUUGUAGCAAUAUUAACAACUUAUGCAAUAUCAUCACUUCUGCAUGGUCUUAAUUUUCAGUUGUCUGCUGUUCUUCUUAGCAUAGGAACAUUUUCUUAUGUGGAAUAUAAUUUAAGAUACAAAAUUGCAUUAGCAUUAGAAGUAUGCUGUUUGGCUAAUCCUUGUGCAAAACAGUGUGAACAUAGGUUUAAAAAAAACAGCUUUUUGGCAGUUUUUAUAAACACAAUAUUUUCAUUGAUUACUGUCAUGCACCUUGCUUAUUUAGGAGUUAUGUUUGAAGCAUCAUUUUCUGUUCAGGAAUCUGGAUACUCAUACUAUCACACUAUAAGUAAAUGGGAAAAUCUUAACUAUUUCAGCCAUGGUUUUGUAGCAUUUUUGUACAUUAUUUAUCUUAUGAUGUGA